AUGUCCGAUGACGAUGGCGAGCCUACUGAGGUUGACAUCACGGCUGCGGCGAACAAGAUUGUCAAAGAACACAUCAAAUUGCUGCACGACUACAACGAGCUGAAGGAUGUUGGACAAGGUCUGAUGGGUCUUAUUGCAGAUCAGCGCGGUGUGAGGAUUGUGGAGGUUCAAGACGAGUUUGGCAUCGAUGCUGACGAUUGA